AUGGAGCGCGGGCUGCACCUCGGCGCGGCCGCCGCGGGCGAAGACGACCUCUUCCUGCACAAGAGCCUGAGCGCCUCCGCCGCCAAGCGCUUGGAGGCGGCUUUCCGCUCCCCGCCCCCGAGCAUGGACCUGUCCCUGGCGCCGCCGCCUCGGGAGCGCCCGGCGUCCUCCUCCUCGUCGCCUCUGGGCUGCUUCGAGCCGGCUGACCCCGAGGGGGCAGGGCUGCUGUUGCCGCCGCCCGGGGGAGGCGGCGGCGGCGGCGGCGGCGGCGGCGGGGUGGGCGUCCCCGGGCUGCUCGUGGGCACUGCCGGCGUUGGGGGCGACCCUAGCCUGAGCAGCCUGCCGGCUGGGGCCGCCCUGUGCCUCAAGUACGGCGAGAGCGCCAGCCGGGGCUCGGUGGCCGAGAGCAGCGGCGGCGAGCAGAGCCCCGACGACGACAGCGACGGCCGCUGCGAGCUGGUUCUGCGGGCCGGCGGCGGAGACCCGCGGGCCUCCCCGGGCGCGGGAGGCGGCGGCGUCAAGGCGGCCGAGGGCUGCUCCAACGCCCACCUCCACGGCGGCGCCAGCGCCCCCCCGGGGGGCCCGGCCGGCGGCGGCGGCGGCGGCAGCGGCGGCAGCGGUGGUGGCGGCGGCGGCGGCAGCAGCAGCAGCAAGAAAUCCAAAGAGCAAAAGGCGCUGCGGCUCAACAUCAACGCCCGGGAGCGCCGGCGGAUGCACGACCUGAACGACGCGCUGGACGAGCUGCGCGCGGUGAUCCCCUACGCGCACAGCCCCUCGGUGCGGAAGCUCUCCAAGAUCGCUACGCUGCUGCUCGCCAAGAACUACAUCCUCAUGCAGGCGCAGGCCCUGGAGGAGAUGCGGCGCCUCGUCGCCUACCUCAACCAGGGCCAGGCCAUCUCGGCCGCCUCCCUGCCCAGCUCCGCGGCGGCGGCGGCGGCGGCCGCUGCCCUGCACCCGGCGCUCGGCGCCUACGAGCAGGCUGCCGGCUACCCGUUCAGCGCCGGGCUGCCCCCGGCCGCCUCCUGCCCGGAGAAGUGCGCCCUGUUCAAUAGCGUCUCCUCCAGCCUCUGCAAACAGUGCACGGAGAAGCCUUAA